AUUUUAGUGCUGUAAUGUAAUCCUUGUCGUUUGCUGUUAUCAGGUUUUGUGUGCUAUUGAUAGUGUGAAUAAUCAAGAAUUGUAGAUAACAAGUAUUUACUGUACUAGUUAGUUAAUGUCUGAUAGUGAAUUUGAAUCAGCUACAGAGUACACGAGUCUAAUGGAUGCACAUGUAGCACCUGUCAGAACUGAACCUGUGGCUGAUAAGAGUAAUAAAAGACGCAAACCACGAAACCCACAAGAACCAAGACCAUUCCCUGCAGAAGAGGAUCACCAAGAGAAUGGACUAGUGAAUUGUGCAUCCACUAGUACUCCUGUAGGUGGCCAAGUUGCAGAUAAUCAUUCUGGUGUACCAGAAUGGCCAAUAGAGGAAGAAGAAGAAUUGAAAUAUGGAGCAAAACAUGUCAUAAAACUUUUUGUACCUGUGUCGCUAUGCAUGUUGGUUGUUGUGGCGACCAUCAGCUCUGUCACCUUCUAUACCACCAAGGAUAUUUACCUUGUGUAUACCCCAUUCCACGAAGACAGUCCUGACACUAGCACAAAAGUGUGGAAUGCCGUAGCCAAUUCACUUAUUUUGAUGGCUGUGAUUGUUGUGAUGACAGUUCUGCUUAUAGUUCUUUACAAGUACCGCUGCUACAAGAUAAUCCAUGGUUGGCUCAUCCUCUCAUCUCUCAUGUUGCUGUUUAUUUUCUCAUACCUCUAUUUGGAGGAAGUGUUGAGAGCAUAUAAUGUACCGAUGGACUACAUCACAUUGGCUAUAUUAAUGUGGAACUUUGGUGUUGUUGGCAUGAUUUGCAUUCAUUGGCAAGGACCUCUAAGACUCCAGCAAGCCUACUUAAUCUUUGUGGCCGCACUUAUGGCGUUAGUCUUCAUCAAAUAUCUUCCGGAAUGGACCACUUGGGUUGUACUAGGAGUCAUCUCUGUUUGGGAUUUGGUGGCAGUGUUGACACCUAAAGGUCCGUUGCGUAUCUUGGUAGAAACUGCGCAGGAACGAAAUGAACAAAUUUUUCCUGCACUUAUAUAUUCAUCGACAUACAUGUACAGUUAUGUAAGCAUUGCCGGUGGUGACGAACAAGAAUCUGCUGGCCAUACCACUCCUGCUGUUGCUACUACUACUACUGCUACUAAUAUUACUACUACUACUACUACUACUACUACUACUGGAUAUCAACAACAUGCUCCUGCCUUCCCCAUCCCUGAUGCGGACAUGGAUUCAGAAAGCGGGUUCUCCCGUGAAUGGGUUUCAAACCACGAGGCAAAUGCAGCCCGCAGGCAAGGGGAAGUUAGGGAAGCGUCUAGUGGACACGUCUCAGAUUACAGAACAUUCCCACACCAGCAAGGACAUCAACAACAGGUGGAAGUGGAAGAGGAAGAACGCGGCGUGAAACUUGGUCUAGGAGACUUCAUUUUCUACAGUGUUCUGGUUGGCAAGGCAUCAUCCUAUGGUGACUGGAAUACCACUCUGGCCUGCUUUGUUGCCAUCCUUAUUGGUCUGUGCCUCACGUUGCUGUUACUAGCCAUUUUUAAGAAAGCUUUACCAGCACUUCCCAUUUCUAUCACAUUCGGGCUCAUCUUCUACUUUGCAACUAGGGAGAUUGUCAAGCCAUUUGCAGACAACUUGGCAAGUGAACAAGUGUUUAUCUAGCAAGUUGAUUUUCGUAAUUUAUAUUGAAGUUGUGCAUCAUAUUUAUUGUCAUGAAAUUACAAUUCUUUAUAUUCUGAUUAUAUGUAACAGCAUAUUAUAGCAACAGUAAAACAUGGAUGGAUCAUGA